AUGGCUGCUACUACUGAAGCACUUAGUACGUUUCUUACAACACUGGAUGACAUUAUUAUUAUUGCUUUAAGAGACUAUGUGUGUGUCCUUGUUUUUGCCCACGGGGCUUUCAGUGCUGACCUCUGGCAACACAGAGAAAAGCCUGCCCUGAAUUUCCAGGCCACCGCCAUGGUGGAUGAUGCCUUCAAGGAAAUGAAGUUUUCUGACUACGUGGUCAUCGCUUUCAGCAAACAUGCUGAGGAUUUAUGCAGGCGGGGCUGUGAGGUGAUGGGUGUCUUUGUCGACUCUCAGUUGAUCCACUUGGGAGGGAUCAACAUGCCCAGGAAGGAAGGCAUCUGGGGCCGUCUGAACAGUCCUCUGCUGACAGAUGUAUCCAGAAGCUUGUCCCAAGAUUAUGGUGUGCUGAAGGAGGAUUGAAGGCAUUGGUACAGAGGCCUCAUUAUCACUGAUGACAGGAGUGUCCUUCACCAGAUCACUGUCAAUGAUUUGCCUGUGGUACACUCAGUCGAGGAAGGAAUGAGCUUGGAUAAUUCCGUCCAGUACAGCGAUGAGCAGGGGGAUGUCCGUGCUGCUGGCUGGAAGCCAGGAAGCAACACAAUCAAGCCCAACGUGGACAACAGCAAGGAAUACUUCUCCAAACACAGCCAGGCUGGCACAAAACUGGAAAGCGUGGGAUGUUGGCCUGCACCUCUUCCCCUUCCAGAAUACCCCAUGCUGACCCAGGAAAGGUCAGACCUGCCUCUUCAGACUCCACAGGCAGUGACCCUGGAGGAUUUGACCAAGGCUGUUUCAUAUUCCCAGCUGGUAGCUGGUCAAUGGUGA